GAAAAAUUACCCGAGAAUUUAAAAUUUUCGAAAUUUUUACCUGGCUUCUCUGGUUGCCAACAGUUUUGAGUAGUUUAUUUUAUUUUAUUUUAUUUUUUGUUUUAAGAUUGUAGUAAAAUUGUACAAAUUGUUUUGGUAUCACUAUCUAUCGCAAAAUGGAAUCCUCUAGGAAUAAUUUCAUGCAGCAACGGUUUAAUCGACAAAAACAUGAGAUCGAGUCUUUUGUGGUUCGUAUAUAUCGACAUAAUUUAAUAAAAGAUGGUGGUAUUAUCAAACGCAAAUUACGGGAGAAAUUGUUUGAAGAAAUUAAGUUGCGCCGAAUUACACGUAUAAAAAUGGACGAACUGGGAUGGGUGCUUAUGAAUCACGAUUUAAUUACGCGAAACCGACAACCUGAAAAGCACGUCGAAGGGCAAAAUAGUCAAUUCAAGUUUAACAUGGAACGACUAAGGGAGCUAAUGGAGAAGCACGAACAAGACGUGCUAUUGACAACAAAUAAGAAAAACGAGGUUACUCCACAGGGAGUUGUAUGUCAUAACGAAAAAGCUUUACAGGAUAUUCGUGAUUUGAUUGAAGCAAAUUGCUCACUAGCUUCGAUCAGUCAUGUGACAACCUUCGAACGGUUAAUGAAACACAAUUUCGAACCAUCGUCAAGUGAUUGUUUUGUGUGCCGUAAGAGCUUUCGAUGUGCCGAAGAUUAUUCAAAACAUUUUGAUUCGGUACAUGGAGUGAAUUUUAGAAUCGAGAUGAACGAAGAUUGCUUUAAAACUGGACAAAAACUAGAUAUUUCACAUCAUUACGAUGCAUUAAAUCCAGUUACGCCAUUCACUAUUCGAAACACAUAUCACAUGGCUUUACAUGUAGAAUGCGUUUAUUUAUAUCAUACCACAAAACAGUUGAUGCCGAUUAACCGGGAUGUUUGGCCAAUCACCAUAAAUCCUGGAGAUACAUAUAAAUUCACUAUCACAAGUGGGAUGUUUCUAGUGGCCGGACAUGAUUAUACUAUUUUGAUACAUUUUAGUCGUAUUUUACAGUAUGUGGAACAGUACUAUUUUCGUGUGUUGAAAGAACCUGUAGAAUUGCGCAUUCAGCACACUCCAAUCGUUCUAGGCAAGCUGGGAGAUUACCCACCACCCUCGGAAUUAAUAGCUAUUUUUAAAAAUAAUUUCAAAUUAUCAGGAACUUAUUCACCGGAAGAACGAAAACUGUGCGAAGAGAUUCAAUCUUUGUUAAAUUCAGAUAAGGACAGUCGCCUCAAAGCGGAUAAUUACGUCCGAAUGUUGCAGCUUAUGAACAAUAUUGAAGACUAUAACGUUCAGUAUGAACUGUCUCAAUACGAAAUGAACAAUGUUUCACUUGAAUUUGGAGGUCAAAAACGAUUCUACAGUUUACAGCUUAGUCAAUUUGGCACGGCUCCAAAAUCGUUGGUAGAAGGAGAUUACGUCGAAUUGUCCUAUACCCGACCCAACAAAUCAAUAAAAACAGUAAUCGGAGUCAUCGCACAGAUCUAUAUUAAUAAAGUUCUAUUUGAAACCGAAGAGCCUCUGAAAAAAGAUAUUAAAUGGCGCUUAAAAUUUAACCCAAAUCGUACUCCUAUUCGAAUGGAAUAUCAAGCGUUGGAAAUUAUUAAAAAGCAGAAUCUCAGUGCAUUCUUUUUUCCUUCGAAACCAUUGCAGAAAUUUCCGCAGUUUUCUAGGAAACAAUUUCAAUGGUUCAACUGUAAUGUUGACUCCAACGAAGAACAACAGAUUGCUGUUGUUAAUAUCAUCAACGAAACAGCUCGACCAGCUCCCUACAUUCUGUUUGGUCCACCGGGUACCGGUAAAACAUCAACGUUGGUUGAAGCAAUCGCACAAAUUUGGAAACUUAAAUCGGAUGCUUUCAUACUAGUGACGGCUUCAUCGAACUUUGCUUGCAACGAACUUACCGAGCGUUUGUUACGUAUCGUUCCCAAGUCGGAUGUUUUUCGAUUUUUUUCCAAACAAGCGGAGCGCAUGCUUGCCGAUAUGAGCUAUGGAUUAAUUGAGUGUUCCAAUCUCAAUACAGGAUCAUAUAGACUACCUUCGAAACAGGAACUUUACGAGAAGCGCAUUGUAAUUAGUACCUUAACUACAACUGGACGAUUAAUACAGGCCAAAAUAAGACCAGGCCACUUCAGUUAUGUGUUCAUCGACGAGUGUGGAAGUGCAACAGAGGCAUCUGCGCUGGUUCCAAUCGCUGGAGUAAUAACGUCCACAUCAUCUGUCCAGGGUUCCAUCAUUUUGUCAGGCGAUCCUUUGCAGCUGGGACCGAUCACACGCUCAGAGUUUGCUACCAAUAUGGGACUAAAUGUGUCGAUGCUAGAACGUCUUAUGGCUCUUGAUAUAUACCUAAAAGAUCCACAAUCAGGCAGCUACAAUUCAUCUUUAAUUACAAAACUUGUAAAAAAUUAUCGUUCCCAUGCAGCUAUACUGCAUUUCUCGAACAAUAUGUUUUACCAGAAUGAGUUGAUACCGAGUGCACCAUGUGAUACGAUUGAUUGGGCUCUGAGUUGGAAAGAGUUACCGUCGGCUGUAUUUCCAAUUAUCUUCGAAUCAACCAUGGGCAGCUUGGCUCGUGAACCAAACUCCACAAGUUAUUUUAACCGAAAGGAGAUAGAACUCGUUAAUUUUUACUUGGAUAAAAUUAUUACCAACGGAAUCAACGAUCGCACCGUGUCACAGGAAGAAAUCGGCAUUGUUAGUCCGUACAAAAAACAAUGCGUAAAGUUGAAACAGAUGUGUCAACGGCAUGGUUGGAACAAAAUAGAUGUUGGGUCGGUAGAAGCGUUUCAGGGUCGGGAGAAGCCGAUUAUGAUACUGACUACGGUACGAUCUGGUACCAGUGGAGUUGGGUUCUUAAGCAAUGUUAAACGACUCAAUGUGGCAUUGACUCGGGCGAAAGCUCUACUAAUUGUAAUUGGCAAUCCGGAAACGCUGCAACAAGAUCCCAACUGGUACGAGUUCAUUCGCUAUUGUUUCCAGCAGAAAGCAAUUCGUGGUGUAAAAUUCGAGCUUGACGAAGAACGACACAGGCUUUGCGAAAUUGCCACCAAAGAUGAUUAUCUGGUUCAAAUUCAACAAAAGUUGGAUAUGAUUAUUAAGAAUAUGAGUGAGGUUAAGAUGUGAGUUCGAGUUUUUAAUCGUCUGUGGCGUUAAUAUAAUCAUAUAUGCAUAAUUAUUCGUGUAACUUUUUGUAAAUUUGAUGUACUGGAUACAACGAUUGUUUAG